AUGCAGCAGCAGAAGCAGCAGCAGCAGCUGGCGGAUGAGUUCUGCGAGGAGUAUCCACACAAUCUGAUGCCCACGCCCGGCUACUGGAUCGAGUGCUCGCGCCAGAAGAUCUCCAUGCCCACGCCGCACACCAUUUGGGAUGAGAGCGACUCCGAGCACGAGGACAUCAGGGCGGGCAGUGCCAGCGAUGCGUACUUGGAGCGUGAAUGCAGCGAUCUAUACGAGGACGAUGAGGACUCUGAAGCUACACCCAGUCCUCGCAAGAAAACAACCAUUGAGGAGCAGUGGGACCAGCUGGGCGCCUUCGAGCUCAUCUCCGUGGAGCAGGAGACAUACGAAAAGUAUUUCUACGGCACUGAGCACUGGAACUACUUCACCAGCGACGAGGAUCUCGGCCCCGUAAUACUCUCCAUCAAACAGGAGACGCUCAAUGGACGCGACCAGUUCCGCAUUCUGGUGCGCGCUGGCUCCUACACGGUGCACGGAUUGAUUCCAGCCUCCUGCGUAUUUGCCGAUCGAUAUAAUCGCGAGGAGGUUGUUAGAUCGCUGGGUAAAGAAGUUAACUUGAAUCCGCCACUGACAUUGGGACAACUACCAGACACUCCCGAGGAGUUAUUGAAGCUGGAUCAGGUUUUCAUCAAAUCUGAACUGAAAGUUGGCGUCAUAUUUGUCAAGGAGGAUCAAUAUACCGAAGAGCAAAUUCUGGACAAUAAUGAGAACUCACCGCUCUUCGAUGAGUUCCUCACACUGCUCGGCGAUCGGGUGCGUCUACGUGGCUUCGAUAAAUACAAGGGUGGCCUCGAUACGGUCCACGACCUAACCGGCCUGUUCUCCGUUUAUACGAACUGGCGUAAUAUUGAGAUCAUGUUUCACGUUUCCACGCUGCUGCCGUACGAGAAGCACGAUCCACAGAAGCUGCAACGGAAGCGUCACAUCGGCAACGAUAUUGUCUGCGUGGUAUUCCUCGAGGCGGACAAUACACGCUUCAGUCCGGCCUGCAUUAAGAGUCACUUUCUGCACACAUUUAUCUUGGUGCGUGUCUCGGCCCGCAUCAAGCACAAGCCGACGCGCUAUGAGGUGUCCGUGGUGACGCGCGACGAGGUUGGCGCCUACAAGCCGUAUCUCUGGGAGCAGUCCGUCUUCGAGAAGGGACCCAUGUUCCGGGAGUGGCUGCUGACGAAGAUCGUGAACGGUGAGCGGGCCUCAUACUCGGCCCCCAAGUUUGCAAGGAUGCAGGAGCGCACACGGUCGCAGAUGCUCGAGGAUCUGGUGAUGAAUCUCUCCAAUCAUGCGGAGACUGGUCAGAUACCCAAGCCGUAUCGACGCGGCUCCUGGCGACCGAUUGGUCACAUGCGACCCUCGUCGCCGCUGCUGGACUCGGUACGGGAUCAAUUCGAGGACUACGAUCAGCUGGCCAAGGACUUCACGCGCGUGUUCCUCAACGAGGAGCCAUCCUGCCUGAGCAACUCGCAUCUCUUCGAUGUGGUCUUCCUGGUGGGUCAGUCCAAGCAGAAGGCGCGCUUCAUUGGCGUCCGGGCCAUUCUGGGCGUACGCAGUCGCGUCUUUCAGGAGAUGCUGUACGGCAUCCAGACGGGCUUUGGGUCGCCGCAGAUCCCAGUCGCAGAGAUCUUCGCCCGGCCAGCGCCGUCACUGGUGUCGCCACAGAAUCAGAAGCCGAAGAGCAACAACUAUCUGACGGUGCCGGACUCGGACUCCAUACGACCCAAGAGCGUGCCCUCGUCGCCGAUGGUGAAGCGGGCCUUCUCCCGCCUGGGUACAAUCACGGCGGGCUGGGGUCGUUCCAUACGGAAUAAGAACUCGAACCAACUGAAUCCGGAUGACAAGAAGAAGUGGAUCUCGUCGACAGAUUGUUCGAAUAGGGACAGCAAGGACAAGGACAAGGACAAACCGGGCAACAACCAGCUGGCGGUGCCACGACUCUCGGUCUGCGCCGACGCCCAAAAGGUGGACCGCGCCAAGCUCGCCCAAACGGAGUUCAACAUCAUCGAAUUCGAUCCGGACACGUUCCGUGUCCUCCUCGACUACCUGCACACGGGCACAUGUCCCCUGACCUGUGUUUCAAUACCAGGGUUGCUGUGUGCCGCGGAGCACUACGAUCUGCCGGAGCUGCUGCAGGCGUGCUUCCAUCACUGCAAGCAAUUCCUGCGCAUCGAGGUGGUCUGCCCGAUGCUCAUCUCGCUGGAGAACUACUACUGGCGCUACACGUCCGCCUCCGAGCUGGUCAACAUGAUACUGUCCUUUGUGGAGAGCAAGGCGCACGCCCUAUUCAAGUGCCCGGAAUUCCUGCACCUGUCCGAGUCGAUGGUGCAGAUGAUAAUGUGCCGGGAACUGCAGACGCCAGAGAUACGCAAAUUCGAGGCGAUGCUUGCCUGGGCCCAGCACAAGGUGGCCAAGCUGAAGAACCAUCCCAACAAGGACACCCAAUUCGAGUUCGAGUGCAUCAUGGAGCGGCUGACACGCGACCUCAAUCUGUGCCGCAUCUCGCCCAGCGAGCUGCUCACCGUCGUCCUGCCCUCCAAGUCGAUGAAGAACGAGCGCAUUAUGGAGACGCUGAUGGUGCAGGUGAACCUGGGCACCUACCGCAUGCCCGAGCUGGAUGCCUACCGACAGCAGUUGCGGCAGCAGGAGUCCGCCGAUGCCACUGUGCAAGUCCACCGGGUCCACCCACCCAACGAUGUACGAGCCUAUGCAAUGGCCUCCCUGGCCGCCGCCCUCGAUAUGCAGCAACAGCAGGCCCAGCAGCGAGACGCCACCGACGAGGAGGUGGAGCUCUAUGCCAGCUUCGAUAUGGGGCCGAGCACCAGCCGGGUGGCGGCCCAAAUGCAGGCGGCCAAGGAGGCCCGUCGAAAGCGGUGGGCGGCCGAUGGGGCCAGCGGGAGCAGCGGCGAUGGUGGCUGUGCCAGUGGCAGCAGUGGAAGUGGUCGGCGCAAUUGAAUAUCGAAGAGAAUGUGAGUACGAGUGCGAAUGUGAGAGU